GGGGGGUUCCUUGUACCAGCAAAAAGGAGGAGUGAAGAAAGAGGAGUUAGGUCUUGGUGGACCAGUUCUCUAAGUGAAGGCCAUAUUUUUCUCUUGGCGAGAUCCCCAUUGGCUCCAAUCACUAUUAAAGAGACUCCGUUAAGCUUUUGCUCAGUACUACUACUACUACAGCUCCCAAGGGACCAGCCCCACCCUCAACAGGAAUGGAUGAUAGCUCUGCUUCUCCUGUCUUCCCCACUAAAGCGGAUUUGGAUGAGAUACACUUACAAUAUGUAGUAGCUUUCAUUGUAAUCGUCAUCCUAGUGGGGCUUGCUAUGCUUCUGGUCUGCUUUGGACUUGGGUAUAUUUUCUGCUCCAGAAAAAAAAGUUUUAAUCCCUCAAAGCAUCAACAUUAUAUUGGUGCUGGGGAUUCCAAAGAGCUCUCCUGUGGACAAGUCAAACUACGUGAAUUUGCAGGUAGUAAACAAAAUACUCACACUGCAGCUACCAAUGGCAGCCAUGGACCAACUGAGGAGCCACAUGAACAGCAGCCAAAGAAGCCAUCUCCACCACAAUAUCAAUAUCCAAUGCAUUUACUGGAUGAAGAGAACGAGGAGAGAGUUGAGUCAUAGUAACUAAUUAUUUGCUUAAUUAGUGUUGGUUUAAAUUACAACUGUAACAAUAAUUUUUAAUACACACAAAAAACGUAAUUUUCUUGUUAUGAAUGAUAAUUAAGUCUUUUUGGAUACACC